AUAUAAUCAUGCAGGCAAGCAAAUUUUGAGGUAAACUAGCAACUACAGCUCAGAAGUCCUCAACUGCUAGACAAUUUCUUGGAAAGAAUGCCCUAAUUAGCUUUCAAGUGAGGGGGAUUAGGCAGCCACUGAUCAUGUUUAAAGGCAAAAGACUUCCACAUGAUAAAACAAGAGGAAUCGAUGAAGCUCAUGAAGAACCUCAUGCUGAGCAAGCUACAUCAGGCGAAGUCUCAAAUGCUCCCAUUGAUUUCUGGGAGUUACCUGAAAGAUUCGAGAAUCUUAAGUAUCUAGAGCAUGAUGUAGAGCUUGUUCACCAGGGCGCAAACGACGAUGUGCGUCAUUGGGAAGAUAUCACACUUGAUCAAUAAUCUAGAUCCAGAUAUUUA